UAUAUAUAUAUAUAUAUAUCAUAACGCAGGCAAUAUCUUAUAAAUUAUAAUAUAGCUUGUUUGACGCAAACGCAAUAUACCAAUAUCCAAGCUUCGCCGUUUCGAUUCUGCUCGAAGAUUGAUGUCGAGAAGGGCAGCCAAGGUGGUGUUUAUCAGCACCCAGUACGUGGAAACCGAUGCUUUGAGCUUCAAGUCCGUGGUUCAGAGGCUAACCGGUAAGCAUGCCGAUGAGGUUGAAGCUGAAGUUGCACAUGCACCCCCCUCGGGCUCCGGAAUCCGGAAAGAGAUGCCGCCGGAUGGCGGGCUUCCAUCUAAUAUUGCUGAUGGGUUUCGCUGCAGUACUACCGGUAAUCAUAGUUAUUCGGGUCUGACGAGGGAUUUCUCCUUCAGGGAAUUUGAUAGAUUGCUCAUGCAGCUGCCCCCCUUGGACCAAUUUGAUGCACUCCUGUGGGCCGAUGACUAAUUAGAUUAAUAUAUGUGCGCGCGAAACAUUGAUAUUGUUAAUCUCAUCAUGGGAUGAAUCACCUUUUUCCUUUUCUUCUUUUAAUAGGUAAAUUUGUACUGUAUAUUCGUUUAUUCUUUAUUUGUACUCCACUAUUGUUAUUACUAAUUUUCUAGUACGUAAUUUAUUAUUUUUUUCAUUGAAUGAAGAUUUCGAUAUUGGAUGUAUGUACCUUCUAUUAAUUUUAUAUCAAUCUUUGUUAA